UAUAUAAACUACUCCAACUCGUGGACGUCUCUUUACCGAAAAACAAGUUCUGAUCUUCUUCUGCUAAAUCCAUCUUUGAAAUCAUUGUCAAAUCAACUCCUUCAACAGCACAAAUCUGAUCUCCGGCCAUAUUCAUGGCGCUCGAUGAUGAUGUGGUUGUAGUGAACGGCUUGAACUUCGAGCAGAGGCACGGCAAGGAACGAGUGCGAGUGGCUCGGGUUUGGCGGAACCAAGACGGCCGCCAGUUUUUCGUUGAAUGGAACGUCGGCAUCAGUCUUCUUUCCGAUUGCGCCGCCGCGUACGUCAGCGAUGAUAAUUCCGACAUCGUUGCAACCGAUACUAUGAAGAACACUGUAUACGCAAAAGCCAAGGAAUGUUCUGAUCAACUUUCAGUGGAGGAUUUUGCAAUUCUUCUUGCUAAGCACUUCACAUUAUCUUACAAGCAGGUUACUACCACGAUAGUGAAGAUUGCAGAAAAGUCGUGGGAGCGUGUAUCUGUCAAUGGUCAACCACACAACCAUGGCUUCAAACUUGGAUCUGAAAAGCACACUACCGAGGUGAUAUUUAAGAAGUCGGGUGUUUUACAAGUGAGCUCUGGUAUAGAGGGACUAUCUGUGCUGAAGACAACUCAAUCGGGCUUUGAGCGAUUUCAUAGGGAUAGGUACACAGCUCUUCCUGAGACACGAGAGAGGAUAUUGGCCACCGAGAUGUCUGCUUCGUGGAGGUAUUCAUUUGAUUCUCUCUAUAGCAUUCCUAAAAGGCAGUGUUUCUUCACGGAAACAUACCUUGAUGUGAAAAAACUGUUAGUUGACACCUUCUUUGGUCCUCCAAAAGAGGGAGUUUAUAGCCCAUCUGUUCAAUACACUCUUUAUGAAAUGGCAAAGAAUGUCCUCAGCAGGGUCCAUGUUAUAUCAUCAGUGAGGCUGAAAAUGCCAAAUCUCCACUUCUUACCUGCCAACAUAUCAACAAAAGAUAAUCGGACUAUCGUUAAGUUUGAGCAUGAUGUGUAUGUGCCAACAGACGAACCACAUGGAUCGAUUGAAGCUUGCUUGAGCCGCUUAUCUUCAAAGCUAUGAGGAAUUUAAGCAUUUUCUUCUCUUCUCCCAAGUCAGCGUCGUUGUGCAACUUUCCCUUGGUAAAAACUUGAAUCAUACAUCUGAACAAACCCUCUUACUUUUAGUUUAAAAUAAUUAUGAUGAAAAAAAGCAUAAGAAAUGCUUAUUUAAACUAGAGGGUUGAUGAUGACUGUUACACUAUGAAUACUCUGUUUGAUGUACCGUGUAUAAAAAAUGUUAAUUUCUUUUCCAAAUAAAACUUGUUUUUCCUUUA